AUGGCGAAGCGAAUAAUGCGGUACGACAGCCAUAAACAAACGAAGCUAAAGUCGACGCGCAACAAGGUCGACGAUGACGAUGACGAAAAGCAGCUUAAGGCUGCACAGAAGAAGGUCGAGAAAGAGGAGGAGAACCAGAAGGGCAUCCAUAUAGAGCUCCAUUGGAGCCCAGGGCACAGCGACAUGGCGACAUUCCAGGGAACGAGGCUGCUCAUGACAUGUCCAGGAGCGCGCAGUCGCACCUUGACGUGUCUGGUCCUCCUAGGUCAAAAGGACGCCGAAAUCGUGGUCUACGCAAGCUACGUGGGCGUCGCCUUCGAUAGUGACGGCAAUUUGAUCCAGCCAACCAACGGAGUGAAACUAGCGGACGAGAAUGCAACUAAGCCAAUGAGUUAA